GCCGAUCGGUUGCUGAUAAUCGCUGAGUGAUUACACAUCGCCUGUCUCUGAUUCAUGGCGAUAACGACGAUAAUUUUCGGAGCACUCGUUAAAAUAACAUUUGUCUAGAGAGACACGGUCUUCGCAGAAGCAGACAGACACUUCGUUGGCGUGGAAUAUCCGCAAGUGAUACUUCAUGUGCGCGUGUCUUUUCGUGAGGACAUCAUUAUCGAGUGACAACUGACAGGAUGGAUGUUCUGAACAAACUACGAAACACAGUCAGCAAUACCAUUAGUAAUACGGUUCAAAACACAGCGUAUGGUCUGUCGCAGUUGUCCAGCGUUUUACCUGGCAAUCCUGUGACCAGAGAAUUCGAAGCGACCGCUCAUGUGGCAAGUGCCGGCCCAGGAUUACUAUGGAAAGUCUACAGCGGUUACAAGAAGUCUACCAAGCAGGAGGCUGCGAUUUUCGUUUUCGAAAAACGCAUGCUGGACAGGUGGUCUGCCAAAACCGACCGCGAACUCGUAUUGGAAACCCUGAAGCGUGGUGUGACGCAGUUGACGAAACUGAGGCACCCACAGGUUUUGAUAGUGCAACAUCCACUCGAGGAAUCAAGAGACAGUCUUGCAUUUGCGACUGAACCAGUAUUUGCUAGUCUGGCUAAUGUAUUAGGUAAUUAUGAGAAUAUACCUCAACCAACACCAACAAACUUGAGAGAUUAUAAGCUACACGAUAUAGAAAUACGCUAUGGAUUGUUGCAAUUAGGAGAAGGUCUGGCAUUUUUGCACGGUGAUGUCAAACUGUUACAUAGAAAUUUGUGUCCAGAAUCAAUAGUUAUUAAUAUUCAUGGAGCAUGGAAAAUAUUUGGCUUUGACUUCUGUGCCUUAAAUCAAAGUUCAGAUAGUAAACAGCCAUCAUGGUCAUAUUUGGAAUAUGAUCCAACACUUCCACCUGUUGUCCAACCUCACCUGAAUUACCAGGCACCUGAGUGCAUAUUAGCAAGCAGUAAUGGGCCACCGAGUGAUAUUUUUGCUCUAGGCAUACUGAUAUAUGUAAUACACUCUUCAGAACAUCAGACACUUUACGAAUCUCACAGUGACCUAGGAAAAUGCCGACGUUUUCUUGAAAGUCUCAAGAGAUCCAAUAUCUCAGCAAAGCUGCUUUCAAUUCCUGAAACUCUCAGGGAUACUGUAAAGCUUAUGUUGAAUCAUAGUCCAGAACUUAGAUUAGACGCCCAUCAAUUCAUAAAGAUCGAAUAUUUCACAGAUAUUGGCGUUAAGACGUUGAAUUACUUGGACAAGUUAUUCCAGUGGGAUAAUCUCCAAAAGUCGCAAUUUUACAAAGGACUCCCGCAGCUCUUGAAACAGUUGCCACACAGAGUCGUGCUACACAGAGUAUUACCCGCGCUUUACAAAGAGUUGGUUAAUCCACCUAUGAUACCAUUCGUACUGCCGAGUAUAUUGCAGGUGAUGGAAAUUACCGAAGUGGAGGAGUUUCGAGAGCAUAUCCUUCCCAACUUAAAACCUGUUCUUGCUUUGGAAGAUCCGCCACAAAUCAGCUUAGUUCUCAUGCAGCAAGUUAAUCUACUGCUCAAAUUAUGUCCUACGGACGUCAUUAAGACCGACAUAGUGCCUAUGUUGCUGCGUGCAUUGGAAUCCGAAUGGGAGCAACUCCAGGACCUUUGCCUAUCAGCGUUACCAAAUAUAGUGACAAUGAUCGAGGGGCCAGUGAUAAAAAACGCUAUACUGCCGCGAAUGAAGAAGAUAUGUUUGUCACCGGGGAAGAAGUCAAGUAGUCUCGGGGUCCGCGUUAACUGCUUGCUGUGCCUUGCGAAGAUGUUGCCGAAUUUCGAUCGCUGGCUGGUGUUUGAUCAGAUAUUACCAUUUCUGCAGGAAGUUCCGCAUUCUGGCGAGCCAGCCAUUUUAAUGGCCAUUAUAGGUAUUUACAGGAUGCUACUCACUCACAGCAAGUUGGGUAUGGGUAAAGAAAUAUUGGCGACGAAAGUAUUACCAUUCCUGUUACCUCUCUGCAUAGAGCAAAAUCUCAGUAUGUCCCAGUAUGAAACGCUUUCGACUCUGGUGGUCGAUAUGAUAAAUCGAGUGACUAGCGAGCAUCGAGAUGCAUUGCGGCAAUUGGACGCGGUGCGUCGCGAGACGCAGCAAUUUGAUCAGGCGCUCUCUCAAGCGGCGUCGCCUACUUUUAUGCAAAACAACAGUCUGAGUGACAUUAAUUUAACACCGGAGAUGCCGCCCGCGAACGCUAAUCUUAAAACUGUAAAUAUCGAGAAUGGACUAACCAUGGAGGAUAAGUUCAGGUUAAUUCAACAGCAGGAAGCUCAUCAGAGGUUGCAGUCUCAACCCAUAUUGACCCCCAAAGCUGUAUCGCAGCCUACCAAACUGCAGCCAAAAGAUCUGACGGCGACUUUGCUGAAGAACAAUCUGGACGAGUUGAACUUGUCCAUGUCGAAGUCGACUAUGUCGCAGUCUGAUUACUCAGGCAAGAACACCGCGAGCCUGUCUUGGAAUAAAAAUAACAAUAUCAAUCAGACGCAGCCGCAAUUCAUGACGUCCCCGAUGUUGAGUUCGCAAACGAUGCAGGCGAGUAGACCGAUGAAUUGGAACUCUAACGGAAUUAACACACCGAUGAAUUGGAACUCUGACCAGUCUGCGUCAAUGUGGAAUCCAGUCGCUCCGCAGAACAAUACUAUGUAUUCGCAGUGGGAGGGACAGGCGAAAUUCGCAACGCAACCGGAGAUCAGGCCCAACUUAAAUUUCCCCGGCACAAUGCAACCUUUCAUGUCGCCGACCAAUACACAAACCGCAAACAAGCCGAACUCAUCCACGCAAGAUAUCAUGGAUUUGCUCAGUUAAUUCACUUGACGCGAUUCUGGCUGUGGUUUCGUUAAAAAUGAAAGUCAAGUCAGUACAUAUUAAGUCGCGAAAAGACAAAUCGUCUUUUAUAUCAACACCAGCAAUCAAGGAUUGCAGUAUUACACACAUCAGGUUAAGAACAUUUUUAACGUAUAUUCAAUAUAGAGGCUGUUUCGCGCAAAGUAAGUCAAUCGCAAUUCUUGGGAAAGCCCUGUCGGGAAAAGCGCGGAUAUUUAGAGUGAAGUUAAUAUAUCAAGCAUUACAAUUAAUUUCUUUUUUUUUUUAUUUAAAAUUUGAGAUGCUCGAUCAGACUUUAUGCGAUACAGUCUUGUAUAAUACACGAUCGACGUUCGGAUGUUUGUUUUUCCUACGAUAAUUUCUUAUCACGCGAUAACGUCGUUGAUAAAAGUCCGUAUGUGUUGUAAGUCGUAAAUCUCCCCCGACCGUCAGUCUGCCGCAAACUUGACGUUUGCGUCGACGUUUUAAUAUUUCAUGUGAGCCCUAUUAAUAUAGAUAUAUUUGUACAAUCACGUUCGGAGCGUAUCUUGCAGGUGACAUUAAUUCCUGAAUGCGCGAAUGAACAAGUACGAUGUGGCAUGUAAGUUACUACGAACGAGGGACAGUAAUAAGCACGAAUGUAUGAUAAAAAAAAAUGGCAGUCACCGUUUUUUAUACGGAAACGCGUAGUGUUUUCAUCGUGAUUCAACUCGCCAUAAUCUCUCACGCUUCGAUGUACAUAUGUAGCUUGGUCGCGGGACAAAGGGCUAACUUUUACGUAAGAGCUCUAAAAUAUAUAAUAUGUACAAGCAUAUAUUGCUCAUUCCAACGAACCAGAGAUCCACGGAUCGUUGGUUCCAUUCCGUAAUUUGCAAUUUGUAACGACGCUCGUGCGUAUGUAGCAAUCCGUACACCGAAAGAAUUUUAUAGUAAAAAUCACUAUAGGAUUUUCUGUAACCGAAGAAUAGAUUGACAUUCAACAAUAAUUCAUUAUCCUGUCAUUUCAUAUGUGCCAUUUAUAUUUUAAGAACCGAAAUGUGUUAUUAAAACACUUGUUAUGUUUCUAGCAAAAUUUAGUAUGCUAAAAUUUACUAUGCUAUGGUAAAAUUAGAAAGAAUUUAUAUGAAAAGAAAAACUAUGAUAUAUUUUCCCUAUGUAUAUCAAUUUUAUUGAUGCAAAUAUUGCCCGGCAUCCACUUCAUCACUUUAACACGUAAAAAUAGCUUGCAUUUCAAUAAUAAUACAAUGAUAAUAUACUCGUAUAUUAUCAUGAAAUGAUCAAGCACGCGCUUAUGUUGCGAGUGGACGAGACAAUGCACAUUAGUUUUAUUCGAAAUCGCACGGAGGAACAUCGCGUCUCCGGAUUUUAUCGCAAAUGUUUCGUUAUUCUGUGUGCGUGAUUGUCACAUACGAGCGAGUGAGCUCGAUUCAAUCGCGCGACUCGAUGAAAUUGUAAAAAAGAAGGUAUAGAUAUAUAAUGUUAUUUCUAUUUUAUCUUUUGCGCGUGUUCUCUAAUAUUAUCCCGAGGAUCUAUUUCUUUAUUUAUUUUGCUGUUGUGCACGAUUGUUAACGGUCACUGUCCGAGUCUAAUAAAUCUGCUGAAAAUGUUUAUUCA